AUGACUCCUAAGCGACCUGUAAAGAUCUACCGGAACGUUCUCUGCCGGUUCUUGGAGCUGGACUACGUUGGCACCAAGACCAUGGAGUAUGGAGGCAAGGGCUUGGAGUACAAAGUCAGUAACAAGAGCUACAGUUUGAUCCCUGAGAAUAAGUGUUUGUGUCCCAAGGGUACCUGUCUAGAAGGAGUGUCGGACUUGGCACCUUGCUUGUACGGUCUGCCAGUAGUCCUGUCCAACGCUCAUUUCUUGGACGCAGACCCGUCGGUGUACGAGCGAGUUGAGGGGAUGAACCCCAGUGAGGAGCUGCAUGGCAGUGAGUUCAUCAUAGAGCCGAUAAUCGGCUUGGUGCUGACCACCAGGUUCUCUGUGCAGCUGAACGUGCUGGUCUCCGACGUGACCUUCAACUCCAACAUUCAGCGGUACUCCAACAUGCCAGUACCCAUCGCCUACUUCAAAAUUGUCCAGCCAAAGUUACCGGCCGACCAAAUAACAUCAGUCAGACUGAUGCACGUGUACGGUCCCUACCUGCUCAUAGCUCUACAAUUCAUAUUAGUAUCGAGCACAGUAUUCCUGAUAUCACAUCCGCUGAGACUCAUUUAUUGGAACUGGGUUACUUCUAGAAGAAAAACAAUUGAAAGUGACGUGUUGAAUGUGAAGGACGUGCCUACUACUGAGCCUUUGAUAGAGGGCUGUGAGAAAACUUAAUGAGGGCCAAGAUUAUUAGUGUUAGAUAAACAGAUAAACUUAAAUUAGAUCUUAAGUGAAUAUAAGGUUAAGUUAUGCAUCUUCUGGAUUGGUAGCACUAAUCCUAAAAAGAAAGGAAAAUGUUUAUUUAUUUAUUAAUCAUCAUAACAUUAUUACAGUACGUAAUACUUAUGCGAUAGGUUUAUAAUAGUUAUUAACAAUUAAAACUUAUAAUAAUAUACAAAUAUAAUACAUAAAAUGUGGCACCUUACAUAAACAGUUUGCAGAA